UUUUAGGUGGCAAUCGUCCCUGUCAUUGUCAACUUCACAAAAGGAAACAAAUAUAACCAAAAUUGUCUUCCUCAGAUUCCAUAGUUGUUGUUCAUUGACUGACCCUCUCUCUCCCUUUUUAAUUUAAUUUAUUGCCACCAUGUUUUCUAUUCCUCAGAUUCCUCUUUGCCUUGUCAGUCAAAGCCAAACCAAACCCAGAAACUAUAGACGGGGGGAAGGCCUAAACCAAACCCCGGUAAGACUCUCAAUUUCAAAUUUCAAUCCAUAAUUCAACAACAUCAAAAUCGCCAUCUGGGUUUCACUCCCCGUAAUGGGUCGCAGGCAAAACGACCAAGAAUCCUCCCGUUUCACCUUUCUUACUCUCCUCUUAGUGGGUUUUAUCUCAUGUGCUUUAGUCUAUACUGUCCUGUCUUUGAUCUUAAAUCCCAACAUAACUUUUAUAAAUUCAGAUUCUAAGUAUUUGGCAAUGGAAGGGAAGAGUUUUAAAAGUAAGGAUGAUGGUGAAUGUUGUAGAGGGAUUAAUAAUUUGGAGCUAUGGGGGCCUGCAGUGAAAUGGGGAUCAGAGUUUAAGUUUAAUUCUUCGAAGGAGUGUUGUCAGGCAUGCAGGGAUAUGUGUAAUGGUAAUGAUGGGCCUUGUUUGUGUGAUACUUGGGUGUUUUGUGGGAAUAAACAGACUUGCGGAUCAAAAUUUGGUGAGUGUUGGCUGAAAAAACAGAAGGAUUCAUUAACACCUGAUAGGCAAGAAGCAGGUGACAAAGUUAGUUGGACUUCAGGACUGAUCUUUGGAAAAGGAGAGGGCAUUGUUGGCUUGGAAACAGAAUAUGGCACUCUUCACAUAAAAUUGUUAUCAUUGCGCCAUUGUGCUGGUUGCCAAUUUUUCCGUGCUGAGAGCCGCGGCCAAUUUUGGGAUUCUGAGGGAAACCACAUAAAAGAUGCUCCUUUCGGCCCUCCUUUUGCAUUGAUUCAAGGAACACUGGAAGCUCAAGGGACGACGUUCAGCAAAAUCCCAAGAGAAGUAUGCCCAACAGUAAGAAGGGGCUCAGUAGCAUGGGUUGGUUCUGGCCCAGAAUUCUUGAUUAGCCUAGCCGAUCACCAGGAAUGGAAAAAAGCAUACACAGUCUUCGGUUCUGUUCUUCCUGAAGACAUGCAAAUUGUAGAAAGAAUUGUCCAACUCCCCACCAAAUCAGAUGUUUGGAACAGUAUUAACGUGUCUGUUUUGGAGAAGCCUGUUCCCUUGAUGUUCCGAAGAAUCAAGUCAAUUCAUUGAUUGAGAACUUUUAUACUGUAAGAGUCAACACGAUUUGUGAAGUACUUUACACAACUGUGGCAUUCAUAUUUAAAAGAUUUGCUUUGUUUUUUUCUUUUCUUUUUUCUGUUGGGUUUUGUUUUGAGCUUUUCUCCUCCAAUUUCUCAACUGUACAUAGUGAACUCAAUUUUAGUUGGUUUUCUUUUUCUUCCCUACAAUAAAAGACUAGUCCAUCCCUAUAA